AUGGAUACUGACAGGUCAGAACUUACAGAUCCUUGCGCUGAUCUCACAUCCGCAGGCCCGCCCAGCAAAGUACAGAGUCCAAGUCCCAAGAGCUCGCAACAUUCCACAGGGCCUGUCCAAGAACUUACCUCUAACGCGGACGACCGGUUGACCAAUGGCUCUCAAGACGACUCUGUUCGCAUUGAAGCCCACGAGGUUGGUACUGCGGCGUUAUCUGCCGCAGAAAUACUUGACUUACAAGACAGCAACGUCGAUACCAGUCUCCAUGCCUCUGAAAUGCCCACAACAGAACGAAAAAUGGUCGAGGGUCGAGCCACUGAAGAGGCUAGUCAUCAAGGAGUCGAAAUAGUGGAGGCAGGAGACAAACCGGAAGAAACAUCCGUUCCGCCAUUGUCUCCUCAGGAGGACGAAGCUGUGUUGGAUCAUAGUCCCACAGCAAGUCCAGCUGCCGCUGGUAGACUCUCAAAGAAGCGGAAACUAAGGCAAGAUGAGGAUACCGAAGAAACCAGGUUUAUGGCAGAUGACCCAGAAAUUGUGGCCUCAACGGCACACGAAGACAGAAGGCAUAUUGCACAUUCGUCUCCUCCGCAGACACCUAGAAAAAUGGUUCAGAUGGGCCACAAUAGGAAGCCAAAUCAUGCCUCUCCCAGUGAGCUCACAGAGAAGCCAAAGCCCAUACAAGACGAGGAGCAGGGAGAAGCAACGGUGCAGUCGAACGAUCCAACGGCCCAAGAAGACGAGAAGGUCGUGACAGAAUCCUCGCCUCCCUUGGGACAUCAUGGAACUUCCAAUGGGGCGGAAAGUAGCAACGAUGCAGAUCUGUCUGCCACCGAGAGGCCCACGAAGAAGCGAAAGCUCGUGCAUAGUAAAGCGGGAAGCUCGAGACAUCAUUCCCACAGCCCCUCUCCGGCAGCUCAAAUGCAUGAGGAAGAGGACAACACGAUCGUGAUCCAAACAAGCCUAAGGGCACCGACGACCACAGAAGUAUAUGGCUCUUCGACGCCGGUUUUUCCAACUACUGUAUCGCCUUGGACAUUGCCUAGACCCCAGACAGGCGAAAAGGCAACACGUCGUCGGCGAUCACCAGCCGAAGGAGCUAGCACACCAUCACGGAGACGGAGCUCUUCGCGGCGGAAUGCCACGCAGAAACCCGUGGCGAUAUUCAGUAAUACCAAUAUUCAAGAAGACAAAAGAAUAAUGACAUCCUUCGCGUCGCUGGGGGCCCGUGUAACCUCCUCGAUCAGUGACGCGACGGUGCUAGUCGUCGGAGCCAGGCCGCUGAAGAAGACUGGAAAGCUAAUCAUGGCAGUAGCAUUGGGACUUGAUGUGGUCACAGAACAAUGGAUCACAGAGAGCGUGGACAAGGGGCAGCUCGUAAACGUACGGAAAUUCCUCCCCAAUGACCCCACCCGCGAACAACAAUGGAGCUUCAAUCUGAAGCAAGCAUUGGCCCGGGGAAAACAGGGACUUACAUGUCUGCUUGCGGGCACUACCGUCUGCUUCACAAAACAACUGAAAACGGAUCUCGGCAGUCUGGACCGAGAACUCUCCCAGAUUGCAACCAUCCUGGGUGCCGAGGCGGUGAAGCACCGGCUACCAGCUCUGAAAGACAAAGACAAGCACGACGAAAAUGAGCUUCUGAUCAUUGGCGUGCCAGACGACCCUCAAGGCGCGCACGUAGGUCGCCUGGGCCAUAAACUGUACAACAAGGAUAUCCUGACAAUGGGGGCAUUGAGGGGACAGAUCGAGAGAGAAUUCAGCGAAUUCAUCCUCGAAGUACCUGUCAAAGCAGAGGAUGAAGAUUGA